AUGAAGUUCCUCAUCGUGUUCCUUGCUGUUGUCGCUGUGGCUGUGGCCAAGAAACCAGAGGCUGACUCUCCCAUCGACGUAGGCCCAGUCAUCAUAGAUGAAGAUUCUCCCAUCGACGUAGGCCCAGUCAUCAUAGAUGAAGAUUCUCCCAUCGACGUAGGCCCAGUCAUCAUUGAUGAAGAUUCUCCCAUCGAUGUAGGCCCCGUCAUCAUUGACGAAGACUCUCCUAUCGAUGUUGGUCCUGUUAUCAUUGAUGAAAAUGAAAUACCCGCACCUAGCUCUCCCCUCGUCCAAAUUAUUAUCAACGUUAAAGCUCCCCAAAAUCCUGAGAUCAAGCCCGAGGACGUCAUCAACGUGGACCCCAUUAUCAUUGAACCUGACAAUGCUCAAGUUCUCCCCGACCAACUUAACUAA